GUCGAGAUGACGUAGCCCAGCGUUCGCGUAAACAUCGAGUGUAGCGUGGUAUAGAGCCCUUGAAAGUUCGUGUGUUUACAAACACUAGACAACCACGACCGCAGCAGCGUAGCAUUAUAUUUUUGUUGUGAACAAUGUUUAUGAUGUAUAGAUAUCUUAUUGGUCUAUAGGAGAAAACCAUCUCUUCUUCGUAGUGUAACAGAAGUGGUGUUCGAAAUAUUGCGUCCUUCUGAGACAUGGCAAGUAGCAGAUUAGAAAAAGUUGGAACUAUAUAUUCAAGGGUUACCGGUCUUCUGAAGUCUGGUGCCAUGAAGAAUGAAGAUAGACCAAUUUGGUACGAUGUGUACAAAUCCUUUCCACCGAAGUACGAGCCAACCUUCUCCAGACCUGCUCCAAAUGUACCUAUAAGGAAUAUCUUUUACCCCGAGGAUAAUUUGCGAGCACGCUUCCACAAGGAAUAUUCCAAUCUCAUGACAACAGUUAACAUCGCUGAUGAGAGCAGAAGUUCAGUGACACAGAAGUUUCUGUCAUUGUAUAAAAAACUAGAAGAGGAAGGAAAUACUGCUGAAGAGGAUUUGUUUUUGUCAGCUGUUGAGUUGCUGGAAGCUGAGAGAGAAAGCAGAGUGAAGCAAGAAGAGAAGAAUUUUGGAGAAGAUCAUGGAGAGGAAAAAAGUGAUUUGGUUUCAUCAUUCAAAGCAGCUCAAAGAGAAAUGGAUAGAAGUGGCACUGAAAAAUUAAAACUUUCUGAAAUUUUGAAAGAAUAGUGUUUAUUGCCAUGUAAUGUACAAACCUGUUGUAAAAAUGACUAGAAUCAAAUGUAGUGUUAAGAUGU